GUUACUGAGAAUUGUGGGUGUUUUUUUGCUAGUAGAAUGACUUCUGACGUUAAGCUUGUUCGAAUUAUGUGUGGUUAUUAAGGCAGAUAUUAUGACACUGUCUUUCACAAGCCUGGUAUUAUAUUUUCAACAUUGGUUUAACCAAUCAACAUUUUCAUCCAUGAGUUGAUGGAAGUAAAGUAUGUGGACAAUCUUGAAUUACUUCUUAGCCAAAGAUGAAACUGUUUUCGGUUACGGAACGACUUGUGAUGGAGUUAGUAAACCCAUAGUAGAUAAAUAGUUUCAUCGUGGAUAACGAACACCAUAUAUAUGGCGAAAAAGCAGACCUUUUGGCGCGUUUCCCCUUUAUUUUCCAACGCAUUUUCCCCUUUGUUCGCCUUUAUAUCCCCUUUAUUGGUCGUUUGGGUGUUUUUUGGUAUACUCAUGAGUUUAUGGACCUUAGUUUUUUGGUUGUAAUGCAUACUGAAAUAGUGGAUUUUUAUUAUAUCCUUCAUUUAUUACUAGGUCUACUCAUAAGUUUCUUAUCGAGUUGGACUCAUAUUCUAAUUCUCUCUACGUUUAGUAGGCUUCCGUCGUUAGUGCUGGGUUUAUUGGAUAGAAGUCCUGGUUUCUGUAAUUUUUCGUACGUCUUAUGUGCGGGUUCACUAAAUGUGUAUAAGACUAUGGAGUUAAUUUCCUUACUACCUAAAACUAGCAUAUAGAUACCAGAAUUAGGAACAAAAAUUGGAACGGACUGACCUGGGUCCUGGGAAUUCAUCUUAUUGGAUUAUCAACAUUCAGACACCUCACCCAUAGUGGAAAUCCUGUCAUAAAGAAUGAUCAUAUCUACACUAAUGCAACCAUUUUUGAACCAUGUCAUCUAUAGUCUUCAAUUAUCAACCAUGAUUGUCGUACAGAAUUCGAAUUCCAAAAUCUGAUAGUAUUUCAGAAGUGAAAGCGAACUUCCACCAUUCUCUGCCACACCAGUACAUUAGUAAACACUAAAAACUGAAACUAUAUAUGGCUGUAUAGAACUGAAGGUCUCAUAUGAAACUGGAAGUUCGCCAUUGAUAUUGUGGAUGGUUCCUCAUUGCUUUGGCAAGUUUUGCUGACUGUUCAUGCACAAAAUUGAUUUGCUGGUUAACCGAUUUCAUUCAUACUAGUGGUUGUUUUUCAGUGUUCUCAAGGACCAUUGUCAUUGGGAUAUUGUAAAGCUAACAUUAACAAAAUGCACUCUUCAAACAAUCUUAUUGAUGAUAAAUGUCCUAUGUGCAGUAUCAAUAUGGAAACAUGGAAUACAGAACGUAAACAACUGCAUAAAAAUACUUGUUGUGAAACAUUUAUCAUGUAUUGUCAUCGUUGUCCUGCAUGUCACAAACAGAUUGCUGGUCGAGCAUCUCGAACACAUUUAAAGCGAUGUGCCUCGAAGUUAAACAUGGAUUUAUUUAGUCUCAUGUCAUUAUCAUGUCGUGACCAUCGUUUCAUCAGGCACGAAAAUGAAGAUUUACAUACGGCUUGUGCAUUAUCUUUAUCUUUAGAUGAAGAAGUGAAGCAACGGAAAUCUGAAGCGAUUUUAGCUCAAAAAAUUGAUCCCAUCGAUUUAGAUUCACCAUCUCAUCUACUUUUAUCGAGUGAAAAACGAGAGAGAAUAUUCUCUGAAAAGUUGGAAUCAAUUCUUCUUGAGGUUAAAAGAAUUAACAAACUUGAAAAAGUAUAUGGUAAUAAUGAUAACAAUAGUAAUUUAAUUGCCCAGUCUAAACUAUGGAAUUUAGCAUCGACGAAACUUCAUGAUAUUGAUAAUAUUACACAAAUAUACUAUGUCAAUAAUUUGAUUCCACCCUUAAGUCCUACAUUAAAUCCUUUAAAUUCCAAUAUUAUUUCAAUGUCACAAAUACCUGGUCGUGUUUCAAUUCAUAAAAAUAUGAAUUAUGAAUCUAAUGUAAUUGUCAUGAAUGAAUACAACGAGGAUCAUAAUGAUUAUUGCUGUGAUAAUGUUUUAAAAAAGGAAUGUGAACAAUUAUCUCCCAAACAAUCAAUUAAACCUGAAGAUAAGUGUGACACUUCAGAGUUAUCACCAAUGUUCUCUAAUACCCUUUCCAAAUCUUCAUCAUAUAUGAGUAAUAUACCUUCUAAUCCAUUAUUAUCAAUGAUUGGGAAUAAUUUAUGCUCAGAUUUAUGUUUAAUAUUGGAUGAAGGUGAUAUAAUUCCAGCGCAUAAAUUUAUAUUUGCAGCUUGGAAUUUAAAUAUUGAUUAUUCACAGUGUGAUAUCAUUGAAAUUCAUAAUGUAUCCAAAGGUGAACUUAUUAAUCUUUUACAAAUAUUAUACAGUGGAGAUCGAUCAAGACUUACAAUUGAAUAUAUUAAUCAUGCAUCAGAAGCAUUACAAAACGUAAUCAGAAACUGGGGUCUGAAUAGUUUAAAACCGGAACUCAACAUUGUUAAAACGGAUGAUUGUUGCCUCAUCCAUUCAACUGAUUUAUCAACAGAUUACAAAACGGUUAAUGAUUAUUCUCAUCCUACUCCUUCUGUUAUUUCAAUACAAACAUCAUCAAUUUCAAAUGAAACAGUACAAAUUAAUAACUCUUCAUUACAAAUAAAUAAUUCAAAUCAUAAUCCUAUUACAACUACUGAAUACAACUAUACAAAUUCUACAUCUAGCUUUAUUGAUUCUACUAUUCACCCAAUUACAACUCAAUCAUCGUUAACAUCAUUCAUAUCAAUUAAUACUCCUAUGAUUCCAUCAAAGUUAUACACCUCUAAUCCAGGUCAAUUUAGUCGUGAUUUAUUUUUAUUCUCUGAUAAUGAUGAUGACAGUAUCAAUGAGAAUAUUGAUAUAGAAACUUAUCAUCUAUCUAAUCAAGUAGAAUCUUUACACUCUGUUGAUGAUCUUAAUCUUCAUGGUACAUUUCAUACAAUUAAUAAGUUUACAACAGAAUCAGAAACAAUGGAUAAUAAUUCAUCAAUCCUUCUCUUAAACAACUCUCCAAUCUUAAAUAAUGAUCUACAAGUUACUACUCCAAAACAUUUUUAUAAUUCUUGGUUAGAAGAUGAAACAACUCCAUCACCUUUAAUGAAACGUAUACGCUUAUCAAAUAAUGAUGAAAUUGUUUCAAAUUCAUUAUUGAAUAUCACUACUAUUACUACUGAUGUUAAAAUUAGUAGUAUCAUUAAUACUAUUCCUUCUAAUUCUGUUUGUUAUACGGUAAAAUCUAUUCUAACUGAUUCAGUAGUUGAUUUUUUCACUACAAAUUCAUUCCAUAAUCACAAUAGUAAUGAUAAUGAUGAUAAUGAUGAUGAUGAUGAUGAUAAGAUACAGGAAAUCAAUGAGAGUUUGUCUAUUAAACCUACUAAUAGAGAGAAUUGUCAAGAAAUAUUUGUUUCGAAUCAAUCAUUGACACCAGAUAAGAAUUUACCAAAUUCUAUAAUGGAAUCAGUCAACAUUACACCGAUUCCUUUGACUCCAUUACCUAAAUAUGAAGAAAUGAUGACUCCAGAAUUGAAACGUGCUUUAUCUAAAUAUGGUGUGAAACCUCUUCCACGUAAACGUGCUAUACUACUCUUAAAAGAAAUCUAUAAUCAACUUCAUCAAUAUGAAGAAGAUGAACAGAAUCAAUUGAUGUCUAACAAACGAAUUAGAUCAAUGAAGUACAAUAAUGAUAGACAAUUACAAGAAAACUGUAUAGAUAAAGAAAAGAAAUGUAAUAAUAGAUUAGAUAGAUCUAAGAAGGUGAUAUUCAAUGUUUCAACUAAUGUAAAUAAUGUCUCAUUACUGCCCAUACGUUAUAAAGAUGAUACUGAUAAUAGUAAUAAUAAUAAUAAUAAUAAUAAUGAUAGUGAUAGUAUUGUUCAACAAGAAUUGUUAUUAUCCACUUCAACUCAUUCAAAUGAAUUACAAAACUUAGCGAAUUCUGAAAUGAUUUCAUCGGAUCAACUCGCUCAUUCAAAGAAUCAAGAUAUGAAAAAACUAAGUCAAAAACAAGUCAAUAAAAUCAAGGGUAAUAUAAAUCAAAUUGUAUUACAUUAUUUAAAGAAUAAUCCAAAUCUAUACAUGAAUAUUUUAACAUAUACGCCAUUAGAAUUCGAUAUUGUACAUAAUAUGCUUAAAUCUGAUGGUAUCAUAAUUGGACAACAAAAACUGAUGGAUCUUUUCGAUGAUCAGGUAUAAAAUUU